AUGUUGAAGCUGUGCAUUACUUAUUCCGGAGUGAUUGGAAACAGAACAAAUAAAUAUUGUAUUUCUCACCUUUCUGCUGCAAGUGGCUUAAAGCAACUGUACAUUGGAGCCGAGGGUAAUACUUCAGCUGAGCUGGAGAACCUGCUGCAGUACAAUGGUGGCUAUUCACUAUUGAGCUCGUAUCAAGGUGUUCAGCUACCGGAAAAUGUGGAACUGAACAUUGCAAGUCGCCUGUUUGUAGCGAAAAAUGUUACAGUGUUGAAGGACUAUCAGGAAAAUAUCAAACGUCUAUUUAAUAGCACUGUUGAGUUCGUGGACUUUAAAGAUUCUGCUAAGGCUAGCACUAUUAUUAACAGUUGGGUUGCCAAUCAAACUCGUGAUAAAAUACCAAAGUUGAUUGAGAAAACUGAAGCUAGUGCCGUCAUGAUGCUACUCAGUGCAAUUUAUUUUAAAGGACUAUGGGCCAAACCAUUUGACAGCAAAUUAACCGAAAAAAGGGAGUUUUAUAGCCUAGACGAUGAAGGAAAAAAUAAAACGAUUAAAGUUGACACAAUGUAUAAACGUGAUUUAUAUAGAUCACACGAAAUACAAGAGUUAGAUGCCCGAACCAUUGAAAUUCCGUAUGCCAAUACAACUGUCUCAAUGGUUAUUCUGUUGCCUAAUCAAAUAGACGGUAUCGACUUACUGGUUAAAAACUUGGAAUCGCUACAUGUAGACGAACUAUAAGGAAAGGAUGUAGUACCUAGUAAAAUAGCUCUUCAAUUACCGAAGUUUAAGUUUGAUUUUAGUAUAGAACUUAAACCUAUGCUACAAGAGCUCGGCGUUAAAGAAUUAUUCAACGCAGCAAAUUUAACGAAAAUUACAGCUGCUCCUGUUUCUGUUGGUAGUGUAUUCCAAAAGGCUGUCAUUGAGGUAGAUGAGAAAGGAGCUACUGCUGCAGCUGCUCAAGUUAUAACAGCUACUGCAGUGUCAGUGGAUACCGCAAAGGAUUUCCAUGUGAAUCGUCCAUUUGUGUUUGUAAUAACAGACUUCGAUAAGGUUUACUUUGCUGGACGAGUUGGCAAUCCAACAUAAGUGAAAUAAACAAUAUUGCGCUUAAAAUUAAAAACAAACAUUUUAA